UAUAUUCCAGAAUCACCCCUUAUCUUUGCAAAAAUAAAUCUUUCAGAUAUUCUUUAUAACUUGUAACACAACUUUUUUCCUUUAUUUGGCAUGUUUCCGUUACCGUAGUAAUCUUUCAUCCAACCUUGAUUCUCGCAUUUCCGAUAUUUUCAGUUACAAAACUUAAACCUAGAGAAACAAAACCAACAGAGAUGGUGAAAGGAAGGAAGAGUAAUGGCGGCAAGAAGAAGAAAGUGAUAGUCGGUGUUUGUGUAAUGGAAAAGAAGGUGAAAUGCGGCCCCGAGGUUUUCUCGGCUCCGAUGGGGCAAAUACUGGAGAGGCUGCAAGCGUUUGGUGAAUUUGAGAUAAUCUAUUUUGGGGACAGAGUUAUCCUGGAAGAACCUAUAGAAAGGUGGCCAAUAUGUGAUUGUUUGAUUGCUUUCCAUUCCUCUGGAUAUCCGCUUGAAAAAGCUGAAGCAUAUGCUGCACUAAGGAGACCGUUCCUUGUAAACGAACUGGAACCUCAGCACCUUCUUCAUGACCGAAGGAAAGUGUAUGAGUGCCUCGAAAUGUGUGGAAUCCCAGUCCCAAGAUACGCAGCUGUAAACAGGGACAAACCAUAUGAAGAUUUGGAAUAUUUUGUUGAGGAAGAAGAUUUUGUCGAGGUUCAUGGGCAGCGAUUUUGGAAGCCUUUUGUGGAGAAACCAGUUCAUGGUGAUGAUCACAGAAUAAUGAUAUAUUACCCCAGCUCAGCAGGGGGUGGCAUGAAAGAAUUGUUUCGCAAGGUUGGUAACAGAUCAAGUGAGUUCCAUCCAGAGGUCAGAAGAGUGAGACGUGACGGUUCUUAUAUAUACGAGGAGUUUAUGCCAACUGGAGGAACAGAUGUUAAGGUGUAUACAGUUGGUGCAGAGUAUGCACAUGCCGAGGCAAGAAAAUCCCCGGUUGUUGACGGUGUCGUGAUGCGAAAUCCAGAUGGCAAAGAAGUUAGGUAUCCUGUGCUUCUUACCCCAACUGAGAAGCAAAUGGCAAGAGAAGUUUGCAAUGCGUUUAGGCAAGGGGUGUGUGGAUUUGAUCUCCUGCGUUGUGAAGGCCGUUCAUAUGUUUGUGAUGUGAACGGUUGGAGCUUUGUUAAAAACUCCUACAAAUAUUACGAUGAUGCGGCUUGUGUGUUGAGAAAGUUGUUUCUAGACGCAAAAGCUCCCCAUCUUUCAACAACGAUUCCACCGGUUUUGCCAUGGAAGGUCAAUGAGCCAGCUCAGCCUUGUGAGGGGCUAACGCGUCAGGGAAGCGGGAUCAUCGGCUCGUUUGGACAGUCCGAGGAGCUACGUUGUGUGAUAGCUAUAAUUCGUCAUGGCGAUAGAACUGCAAAGCAAAAGGUAAAGUUGAAGGUCACUGAGGAAAAAUUGUUGAAUUUAAUGCUCAAGUACAAUGGGGGAAGACCUAGAGCUGAGACAAAACUCAAGAGUGCGGUACAAUUGCAAGACUUGUUAGAUGCUACACGGAUAUUAGUACCCCGUGCUAGACUUGGUCCUGGAAGUGAUAGUGAGGCGGAAGACAUUGAACAUGCAGAAAAGCUUCGUCAAGUUAAAGCAGUUCUUGAAGAGGGUGGUCAUUUCUCCGGCAUUUAUCGGAAGGUUCAGCUUAAACCACUCAAGUGGGUUAAAGUUGCGAAAGGUGAUACUGAAGAAGAACGCCCCAUUGAAGCCCUCAUGGUUCUCAAAUAUGGAGGUGUUCUUACACAUGCUGGCCGGAAACAGGCUGAAGAACUUGGCAGAUAUUUCCGCAACAAUAUGUAUCCAGGUGAAGGUACUGGACUGCUUCGUCUCCACAGUACAUACCGGCAUGACCUUAAGAUUUACAGCUCUGAUGAGGGCCGUGUACAGAUGUCGGCUGCUGCAUUUGCUAAGGGGCUUUUAGACUUAGAAGGACAAUUAACACCAAUAUUGGUUUCACUUGUUAGCAAGGACUCAUCAAUGUUAGACGGACUUGAUAAUGCAAGUAUUGAGAUGGAAGAAGCUAAGGCUAGAUUGAAUGAGUUGAUAACAUCCGGAGUUAAGGCGGCACAGGCAAAUGGAUCAUCUAAACAACCGUGGAUGGUUGACGGGGCUGGACUUCCACCGAACGCUUCCGAGCUUCUACCUACACUAGUGAAACUGACAAAAAAAGUUACAGAACAAGUAAGAUUACUAGCAAAAGACGAAGACGAGGAGCUUGCUGAGACCACCUCAUAUGACGUAAUUCCACCGUACGAUCAAGCAAGAGCACUUGGUAAAACUAAUAUAGAUAUCGAUCGAAUUGCUGCUGGAUUACCUUGUGGGAGUGAAGGCUUUCUUUUAAUGUAUGCACGCUGGAGAAAACUGGAACGUGAUUUGUAUAACGAACGCAAGGAUAGAUACGACAUAACGCAAAUUCCAGAUGUAUAUGACUCGUGCAAGUAUGAUCUUUUGCACAAUGCACAUCUAAAUAUAGAUGGUCUAGAUGAGCUCUUCAAAGUUGCUCAGUUGCUUGCUGAUGGUGUUAUUCCGAAUGAGUAUGGCAUCAAUCCCAUGCAGAAAUUGAAGAUAGGCUCCAAGAUUGCUAGACGCUUAUUGGGUAAAAUCUUGAUCGAUUUGAGAAAUACACGAGAAGAAGCCAUCAAUGUUGCAGAACUAAAGAAUCAAUGUCAAAGCUCAACAACCUCCAACAAGAAUGUGAAAGAACAUACAGAUCAUCAACCAAAAUCUAAGAAUGAAGAAUCAAGAAGAACUAGCUUCACUAGUGAUAAGUCAAUGGAUCAGGAUGAAGACGAGGAGAUAAAAUACCGUUUGGAUCCAAAAUAUGCUAAUGUGAAGACACCCGAGAGACACGUCCGAACCCGCCUUUACUUUACAUCGGAAUCUCACAUCCACUCAUUGAUGAAUGUUCUUCGUUACUCUAACUUAGAUGAAUCUCUUCAAGGGGAGGCCAGCCUCAUUUGCGACAAUGGUUUGGAACGCCUUUUGAAAACAAAGGAACUUGAUUACAUGAGUUAUAUCGUUUUAAGGAUGUUUGAAAAUACCGAGGUACAUUUGGAAGACCCCAAAAGGUUUCGUCUUGAGAUGACUUUUAGCCGCGGUGCAGAUUUAUCCCCCUUGGAGAAAACCGACACGGAGGCAGCUUCACUGCACCAGGAGCACACAUUGCCAAUAAUGGGUCCAGAAAGGCUGCAAGAAGUAGGGGCGUAUCUAACGCUCGAUAAAAUGGAGGAAAUGGUCCGUCCCUUUGCAAUGCCGGCAGAAGACUUCCCCCCGCCAUCCAUUCCUCAAGGGUUCUCGGGUUACUUUAAAAGUGCCGGGGUUUUGGAGCGUUUGGUAAACCUUUGGCCCUUUCACAAGCAUGCAAAUGGUAAUGCCAGUAAAUAAACAAGUUUCUGAAAACAAGAUAAACCAAAAUUUUGGGAGAACUUUGAAACAGUUGACGAGCUUUGUAUGAACCGAAGCUCCUGGCUUGUUUGACCCUUGUUCUAACAAGGUAGUUGUGGUUUCUCUGAAAUUUUUUUUUACAAGAUCAUCAAAUUAUAAGAUUUGGUGUUUUAGACACCUAGGCGUUGUAUUAAAAUUUUAUUAUUUACAUAUAAAAUGUAAUUUUUAGAAGUUUUGAAAUUAUUGUCAAAGUGUCUAUAAGGCCUUGCACUCUAA